AUGGGUAUAUUGCAAUAUGGGAUGGUUUUCUAUGUAUGGAACGUAUGUUUUCGGAGAUUAGUGUAUGGUUGUCCCGCCGUAGUACGCGAAAUGGAAGGGGUGCUAACUAGACAACAACAAACUAUCGGUGUCAUAGUGGGCCCCUCCAUGAGCUGUUACUCGGAGGCAACUAGGGAGCUCGCAGCGACCUCAAAAUUCUCAAUAAAGUUGUUAGGCGAGGACAACAUAAUUUUAAGAUUGAAAAUUUAUGCCGCUG